GCUCGUGUUUUAUUCGGCUUGUAGUCAUGGCUCGGUUCGCUGCCUUACUGCUUUUAGCUGUUCUCAUUGAAUCGGUAUUUUCUAUUUCUUUCUUUCUACCUGUAAAUUCAAGAAAAUGUCUACGGGAAGAGAUUCACAAAGACGUGCUCGUCACGGGGGAGUAUGAUAUCAACGACGAGUCCAACACUAAAACCAACCUGAAGAUCACAGACUCAUCGGGACACAUCCUCUACUUGAAGGAAGAUGCAACGAAAGGGAAGUUUGCCUUCACAACAGAAGAUUAUGACAUGUUCGAAGUGUGCUUCGAGAGCAAGUCACCAAUGGGAACUGGGAGAGUCCCCGACCAGCUGGUUAAUCUGGACAUGAAGCACGGUGUAGAGGCCAAGAACUAUGAGGAGAUAGCCAAGGUGGAGAAGCUGAAGCCCCUGGAGGUGGAGCUAAGGCGGCUGGAGGACCUAUCCGAGUCCAUCGUCAACGACUUUGCCUACAUGAAGAGGAGAGAGGAGGAGAUGAGGGAUACCAACGAGUCCACCAACACACGUGUCCUGUACUUCAGCAUCUUCUCUAUGUGCUGUCUGAUCGGCUUGGCUACCUGGCAGGUCUUCUACCUGCGACGCUUCUUCAAGGCAAAGAAGCUCAUCGAGUAGAGAGGCAUCACCACUCCGCCCAGGGAGAGCAGCCAAAUUGCUCCCCAUCAAUCUCCCACCAUCUUCGGACUAACGUCGUCAAAACUAGCGCUGUGACUGGAGGAGAUGGAGACCCGCGUACUGUCGAGAGACAAGAAAGAAGGAAUAAAUCCAAAACCUGAGGCAAAACGGGAAUAAUUGUAGUCCUUUAUUGGACAGUGUGCCAGUCUCGAUCUCUUCCAGUGUUUUUGUUUUGACCCUUACACAUCUGGAACCACCACUAUUCAGUAGGAAGGACAGCCUCCUAGAAUUCAGAUUUGUGUGUUUUUAAAAUCCCAACAUAUUUCCUUGAGUGCUCUACAUUUUUAUUUUUUUUGCUUACCAGAGCCCCCAUAGGGCUCCUGGUUUCCCCCCCCCAAUAGGGCUCCUGGUUCCCCCUCCCCCCCCAUAGGGCUCCUGGUCCCCCCAUAGGGCUCCUGGUCCCCCCAUAGGGCUCCUGGUCCCCCCCAUAGGGCUCCUGGUCCCCCCCCAUAGGGCUCCUGGUCCCCCCCAUAGGGCUCGUUGUCUUUCCCCCCCCCAUGGGGCUCCUGGUCCCCCCCGUAGGGCUCCUGGUUUCCCCCAAUAGGGCUCCUGGUCCCCCCCCCCAUAGGGCUCGUUGUCUCCCCCAAUAGGGCUCCUGGUUUCCCCCAUAUGGCUCGUUGUCUCUCCCCCCCCUCCUGGCAAAUGUAGUGCACUGUAUAGGGAGUAAGAUGGUGUUUUGGACAUACCCUAUAAUGACAACAUAAAGAAUGAGCAGGGGAAGGAUUCAGGGUUGUGGUGCUGAGAGAGCACCGAGGGGAGCUUAUUCUCUGGAAGCCAUGUACACCUGGGACUCAUUCAGUGGAGUGAAACAUUAAAAAACCAAUGUAGAAUAUACACAGAUUUCAAGUCCAGGAGUGAAACGUGUAUGUCUGUUCAAUCUGCAAUUUGUUCUGACAUUUAUUAUCAUCCUGUUGAAUAAGCACCUGAUGCUUUGUUGAUUUUAAUUUGACAUUUUAACGUGUAUAGUUUGAUCUGGAGUUUUAUUUUGUUGGGAUGAAUGGAUGCACCCUUGACAAAGGUCUAUUUCCCCCUUUAUAUCGUUGUAUAAAAUCUUUGCCAUGCCAAGCGACCUGUAGGAUAUAGGGUUCAGCCUAAAAUGGCAACCUAUUCCCUAUAAGAAUAGGGUACCGUUUGGGGAAAGACGAUAUUCUUGGGGACCCUUUUUUAAAUAUUUUUUUAAACUGAAGGCCUCUAUGAACGACAGGUGGAAUGUGUUAUAACUCAGAAUAGAAACCAUGGCGACCGCUGAACUUUUAUGCUUUUGUCGGUUAAUUAAUUUGCAUACAUGUUUUGUAGCUAAAUUGGAGUUUCUUUAGCUUGUUUUGAUUGUAAAUGCAGGGUAGGUAUUGGGGGGGUGUUUAAUAAGUUCAGGGAAAGAGUAGCUAUAUCUCAAAUGGAAUCCUAUUCCCUAUAUAGGUCUAGUGCACUACUUUUGACCAAUAGUACUGCACUAUAUAGGGUGGCAUUUGAGAUGCAGACAAUAUAAUCUUGAAAACUAGGUCAUUUUAUAGCGGAACCAUGGCACGCUUUUAAGUUUUUACAAGAUAUACAGAAGAUAACAGCCACAUAUCUAUGUACUUUUCCAUCUGAAUAGGUUAUAAGAUGAGUAGAGCUGCAGGGCCUUUUGGGAGAUGAUGUCUCUUCUUCUUUUGAGACCCAUUGAAUCUACACCAACCAUCCAAGAUCCAUCCAGCUUUCUUUUGGAGAUAAUUCUGGGGUUUGGGCUACGUGAGGAUUUGGGGUUGGUUUAAAAUGUUUUUAUUUUAUUUAUUUUUUAAAAUCUCAUUGAUAAUAUUUUCACAUGUAUGUGGUAUAUUUCCAACUCUUAAUACAGAAUUCAAAACAGAUCAUCAAAAAGCCAGUUUCAAAACUAAGCACAUUUUCAAUUGACUAAGUACAACAGUCACUUUUUUUUACACCAAAUUUAAUCCGUGUUUCAUCACAUUGCAAUACAUGUUCAUAUAAAGUCCUUGCUUUUCUCAAUGCUCACAUUACUUUAGGUAUGAUUCUCUUUUAAGACGUUUAACCAUUACAUAAUCCAACUGCUCUUUAUCAGUGAUCACUUAAACCCAUGGAAUGUUUGAUUAAACCUAGGGAACGUUUGAUUAAACCUACGGAAUGUUUGAUUAAACCCAUGGAACGUUUGAUUAAACCCACGGAACGUUUGAUUAAACCCACGGAACGUUUGAUUAAACCCAUGGCAUGUUUGAUUAAACCCAUGGAAUGUUUGAUUAAACCUACGGAACGUUUGAUGAAACCUACGGAAUGUUUGAUUAAACCCACGGAACGUUUGAUGAAACCUACGGAACGUUUGAUUAAACCUACGGAACGUUUGAUUAAACCCAUGGAACGUUUGGUAAAUGGAUCGAUUUUACAUUUUGUCUAGUACAGAUUUUGAGAACUAAAUAAUGACAAUGGAUGUCUGUAGAAACGUAAAUAUGAUCUAUGUAUUACUAUUAUGAUUUUACUUCACAGUAAGUAAAACAAAUCUGAUAUUGACAAAAUCAGACAUACUAUAUGUUACAAAUUAAAAAGUUUAUUGGUCGCGUACACAGAUUAGCGGAUGUUACAGCAGGCGCAGCGAAAUGCUUGUGUUUCUAGCUCCUGCAUUGCAGUAAUACAAUACCAAUACGCAAAUAAUCCAGAAAGUCCUUAACAAUAAAUAAAUGCUUCACUAAAAUAGCAUUGGGUAGUACGGUACUGUAAAAUAGUCCAUUUACAUAGCAGACACUUUUAUCCAAAGUGACAACAAUCCACUUUUUGGUAUGUGAUCCCAGUCGGAAUGGAACCCACACCUCUGGUGUUGCUAGUGCCACGCUCUUAUGAACUGACACACGUACAGAACCACUACAAUACAUUAAGUACAAUAACAGGUGGAAGAUCUGCGAACCACCACCCACCACCCUCUAGGCCAUGGAUGACUCAUGCAAUGACGUCAAUCCGGUCCAAUAUCAGGCCAGGUGCAUGAACAAUUCGGAUAUUUCCUGUGAUUUCGAUGAGAACCUACGGCCAAAUGCUCCAGUCAGGUUUGAUGCAAUCUAACGCCUUAAACGCUUCUUUCAUUUGAUUACCUUAUGAAAGAUGUCUUCAAUGAUCAGACAUGGGAUAGAAGUUAUUGACAUUUCAAGUUCAGUUCAUUUUAAUGAGUAGUGCAAGUGUAUUGCCGAAUGUGAAACAGUGUCAUGUACUGUAAUUUACACUACUGGAGCAUACUACGUUCAAAGAGCAAAUUGAAACGUAUCUUAAAAGUGUUUUUGUGCUUUUGGAUUAAUUGGUUAAAAUAACUAAAUUAAGGAGAUGACAUUAGGUUGUGUUUUGGUGAUUAAACCAAUGUUCUUAUUUCACAGUAAACUUAUAUUUAGGAUUAAUGGUUGUGUAGUGAACGAUGUCUACAAACCAAAUAAAUUAAUAUUGAAAGGAUUUGAAUGUAAGACUGGCUGCAUUACAAGUGUUACCAGUUUGGAGUUUGUACUAAGAGAUUAGAAAAUUCACAUAUUUGUGAAAAUGGCACCAAAUCGUUUUAAAAAAAAACACAACAAAAAACGAGAACCAGGUGGGAUACACACAUUUUUAACAGUGAACAUUUGCAAUGUUUUCAAUCAAUGAUUUCUAUAUUGAUUGAUAUCAAUUUGUAAAGGUUUUGUGUUUGGGCUUUUAUUCAAUAAAAUAUUGGAUGGAUGUACAAA